CGCCCCCUCAUUUGCAUGGCAUUCGCGCGCGGCGGCACCGGGAGCGGCGACGCCGAGAUGGGGCGGAGCGGGGCCGCGCUGCGCCUGGCGCUGGAGGGCAACAUCGGGCGGUAAUCUCCUGCAGCGGCUGUACCGCGACCCGGCGCGCUGGGCCUUCACCUUUCAGACCUUCUCGUGCCUGGGCCGCCUGCAGGCGCAGCUCGAGCGGCCGGAGGGGCCCGUGCGGGUGUCUGAGCGCUCCGUGUACAGCGACAGGUAUGUGUUCGCCAAGAGCCUGUUCGAAGCCGGGCAGCUGGACGCGCUGGAGUGGGCCAUCUACCAGGAGUGCCACUCGUUCCUCGUGGGGCAGCUGGGCGCGCACACCGCCCCGCACGCCUUCCUCUACCUCCGCGCCUCCCCGCAGAGAUGCCUGGAGCGGCUGCGGUGCCGGGCGAGGCCGGAGGAGCGCGACGUGACCCUGCGGUACCUGCAGCAGCUCCACGCGCAGCACGAGCAGUGGCUGCUGGAGCGCAGCGCUGAGGUGCACUUUGUGGAGGUGAGGCACGCACCUGUCCUGGUGCUGGAUGUCGAGGGAGACUUUGAGCACAACGAGGCUGCGCAGGACGCUCUGGUGGCACGGGUGGAGGAUUUCGUGAAGGCGCUGCGAGACGGAGCCGCACCGCAACGCCACGAGUCCCAGUGAGCCCCGCAGCCACGAGGGCGGGCACAAGGUUGGAGCCGCUGCCAGGACCUGAGCUGCGCUCCCUGCAGCAGCAGCAGCAGCAGCAGCGUGGGUACCUGCAUGAGGCCGCUGGGAGCUGCAGCCCGACGUGUGCCACGGUUCCCCCCCUAUCUGUUCUGCAGCACAGGGUGAAGAUGCUUGGGUCCGUACCAAUGGAAAACAAAAACAAGCAACAAAAAUCUCCGUGCUUUUAUGUGUCUUUAGGUCACAGCAAAAUCCAGAUGCUUUCUUGUUUGG